AUGGUCUUUCUACAGGAUAUGGUGCCUGUCAUAGUCGAUUACUGCCUUUUACUUCAGCGAACUGACCUUCUGUUCAGCCAGAUGUAUGACAAAUUGAGUGAGAAUUCAGUGGCAAAGGGUGUUUUUCUGGAGUGCCUGGAGCCCUACAUUUUAAGUGAUAAGUUGAUGGGAAUGACAGCUCAAGUGAUGAAAGACUUGCUGCUUCACUACCAAGAUAAGAACCUAAUGGAGGACAUGGAGGCCUGCAUUGUGCAUAUGGAUAUCACCAGCCUAGACAUACAGCAGGUAGUUCUCCUGUGCUGGGAAAAUCAUCUGUAUGAUGCCAUGAUCUAUGUGUACAACAGUGGAAUGAAUGACUUCAUUAGUCCGAUGGAGAAAUUGUUCAAAGUCAUUGCUCCUCCACUUAAUGCUGGGAAGUCUCUCACAGAUGAGAAGGUGGUUAUGGGGAACAAGCUCCUUGUGUACAUAAGCUGCUGUUUAGCAGGCCGUGCUUAUCCAUUGGGUGAUAUUCCUGAAGAUCUGGUACCCUUGGUUAAAAACCAGGUGUUUGAAUUUCUUAUCCGUCUCCACUCAGCUGAAGCAUCUGCAGAUGAAGAAGUCUACCCGUAUGUUCGUACGCUGCUGCACUUUGAUACCAGAGAGUUCCUUAACGUUCUUGCACUGACUUUUGAAGACUUUAAGAAUGACAAGCAAGCAGUGGAGUAUCAACAAAGAAUUGUGGACAUCCUGCUAAAGGUUAUGGUGGAAAAUUCUGAUUUCACCCCAUCACAAGUUGGCUGUCUUUUUACCUUUCUUGCCCGGCAGCUGGCUAAGCCCAACAAUACACUGUUUGUAAACAGGACGCUUUUUGACCAGGUCCUUGAAUUUCUGUGCAGCCCUGAUGACGAUUCCCGACACUCAGAGAGACAGCAGGUCCUUUUAGAACUACUGCAAGCUGGAGGGAUAGUACAGUUUGAAGAGAAUCGUCUCAUCCCUAUGGCAGAAAAAGCUGAAUUCUACCAAAUUUGUGAGUUUAUGUAUGAACGGGAGCAUCUCUAUGACAAAAUCAUUGAUUGUUACUUACGUGAUCCAGUGAGAAAGGAAGAAGUGUUCAACUACAUCCACAAUAUCCUAUCCAUUCCUGGGUACAGUGCCGAGGAGAAGCAGUCAGUGUGGCAGAAGGCUAUGAAACACAUUGAGGAGCUGCUGUUACUGAGCCCGAAUAAAGCAGCAGACCUGAUAGCCACUCACUUCAAUGAUCAGAUUGAGGGAAUCAUUAAAAAUCUUCAGGACCAGUUCUUGCUUUUCCAGUUUUUGAGAAGUCUCCUUGACCCAAGGGAAGGUAUCAAUCAGGACAUGCUACAGAUAUCUCCCUGUGUCACUGAACAGUUCAUUGAGUUGUUGUGUCACUACAAUCCUGACCAGGUUUUAGAGACACUGCAGGUUCUGGAGUUCUACAGACUGGAAGAGACCAUUCAGAUUACCCAGAAACACCUGCUCCAUGAAGCUUCCUCCUACCUGCUGGAGAAGAAAGGAGAUGUUCAUGGUGCCUUCCUAGUAAUGCUUGAGCAACUACGAAGCAAGUUGUUGAUGCUUACACAUGAAAUUGAAGAAUCAACAGAACUCCACUUAUUAAAGGAUAUUGAAGAUACCUUGGUGAAAACAAUUGCACUUUGCCAGAGGAAUUCACAUAGUUUAAACCAGCAGCAGCGAGAGGCACUCUGGUUUCCUCUCCUGGAGGCUAUGAUGUCGCCACAGAAGCUAUCCAGUUCGACAGUGUUGUGUCAAUAUUCUGAACCUCUGAAGAGUUUGACAAUGCAAGUGCUAAACAACAUGGCUGCAUUUAUUGCCCUUCCCUCAAUCUUGCAGAGAAUUCUCCAGGAUCCAGUAUAUGGUAGAGGGAAACUUGGAGAAAUUCAGGGACUUGUACUGGGCAUGCUGGACACAUUUAACUAUGAGCAAACCCUUCUAGAGACAACUACUAACCUCCUGAACCAUGAUCUCCACUGGUCCUUGUGUAACUUGAGAGCCUCCAUCACUAGAGGACUUAACCCAAAGCAGGAUUACUGCUGUAUCUGUCUGCAGCAAUACAAGAGAAGGCAAGAGAUGGCUGAUGAAAUCAUUGUCUUCAGUUGUGGCCAUUUGUACCACUCACUCUGUCUGCUGAGUAAAGAGUGUGGCAUAGAAACCAAGGGACAGAUGAGAUGGACUUGCUAUAAAUGCAACUCGAGUAACAAAGGGGGAAAACUGAGUGAGAAUUUCUCAGAACUGAAAAAGGGAAAUGGUGCAUCUCUGGCACAGUCAAGUUCAGAGUCCCUGUUGGAUUCCCAGCAAAUCCAGGCUUUUGACCAACUCUGUCGACUCUAUCGAGGAACCUCCAGGUUAGCUCUCCUGACAGAAUUGUCUCGAACUCGUGGUGGUGAAAAACAUGGGCUCCUCAAUGUCUCUCAGGGUGACCCUGCACUGAACAGUGUCUUCCAGAACGAGAAUUUCCAGCUGCAUCUCGCUCCCCCUCCACUGACAGAAGAGUAGCCCUUCCCUUGCCAGACCAUGGGUGCAGUCCUUCCAUGGUUGCAUAAGAACAUUCUGGGGAGGCUCCUACCAUCGAUCCCGGGGGGUGAGUUUGUUGGCUAUGGGACCUGCCCUACUAGGCUGGAUUUGCUGCCCAUUGCCAUCAUAUCCUUCCCAGAAUCCUUUGUAACAUGUCACUUUGUGUCAGAUAGUUUUGCUGGGUUUGUAACCAGGUGGAAUCUGUAGUAGUCUCUCUGCUGGCUUAUUUUCCUCUGUUUCUUCUAACAAAACAGAAGGAACAUCACAGAGAUCACUGUCAGAGUUCUUGUCCAGUGGGAUGCACUGAAAGCUAUAAAUUAUGAUGUCAACUCCAUGUACUUCACUCGAGCCAAACACAGGAAGUUGAGGCAGCUGUACUAACCCCAGGGCGACUGUGUCUGCAGCCAAAGCUUAUCCAAAUAAUUGGAACCUAUAAUAUGUUCAUUUUUAUUCCUUAGAUAGAUUGACCAAGGGAAUAUAGAACAUGUCACAUAUCCAAACUCAGCAUUUCUCAAAAUGCCUCCUCAACAUUAUAAGGGAAAUAGGUAAUUUAUUUGAGUUUAAAUUUAGUAUCAGUAAAAAUAAUCUUUUAGACAAAUCCCUAACCCCCUCAGGAUCUCCUGGAUUAUAAGCAAAGUGGGUGGUAUGACUGCAUGAAACGCACUCAGCCCUUGAAAGGAGCUGAAACUGCAAAAGAGCAUAUAUUUGUGAGUAAAUGAACUUGUGUGCAAUGCUUCUGUGAAACUACAUUC